GACGUUACCGCUCUGCUUGCUCGUCCGUUCCCGCCGAUAUUCCUGCCUAUUUCCAUAAUCGGCCCAGAUUUCUCGUCUCUCCUUAAAAAAAAAACCCAUCCUUCGUCCUCUAACUUAUCAAAUUCACAUUUCUAAUCACUCUAUUGAUUUCUCUUUCGCUCGCGGAGAAAACUCGAUUCAUAUUUCUUGAUUUAAGGUUCAUCUUUCUCAUUAGCUCAUCGAUCAUGGUUGAAGGAGAUUUGAGAUUACAGGAUGGCAUAGUACAGAACUCUCCUAUUCAACAUCAAUCUAGAGAUCCUUUCUAGAGUCUUUUAAAACAAACUAAUGCAAAAAACACUUGGAUCAUGUUGUGUUUACAAGUAAAUAUAUACAUAGCAUGCAACAAAACCAAUCCCAAUUGCUCAAUAGAUAGAUGCCUGUUAUAACUCCCAGCGAUCCCACACAAACGCUCAUUUUCUAUCUGGUUCUUCAAAGCUCAGUUGAGAAGAAAGGAAAACAGAAGCAACCUCAAAAGAAAGCGACACACAGAAAGAAGCACACGAUAGAAAAAGUGAAUCCAGAAAGGAAGCGUAGUAGCAAAAAGAGCUUUUUUUCCGAAACAAUGCCCAUGAUCUUCCAUACUUCAGUUGUUCUUGGAAUCUAUGCAUUGGUCUUGUUUCUAAGCUUAUCACACAUCAUCCAUGCAGUUAGGCCUCAACAUCAACUGGGAUGGAUGCCCGUUGGGUCAACCUUCAAGAGCAACAUAUCGGAAUCCCUGACCGGAGGAGAGGUCGAGGCGCUAGAGUCGCUAGACUCGGAGAUCAGCAGGCGCAUUCUAGCUGGCACCAUCGCCUAUCGUGCGAUGCGAAAGGACCCGGUGCCCUGCUCUCUACGUUCCAAUGGCACUUAUUCUAGCUACCAAUUCUGCCAGGGUCACGCUCGAGCUAACCCCUAUAGGCGCGGCUGCUGUUCCAUAACAAAGUGCAGGGCAGGAAGACCGGGAGGUUGAUAUCUCUCUCUCUUCCCCCCAUUUUCUUUAAUUUCUUUUAGAUGGGUUUAUGUUUUGCAUGAAGAAAUUGGAAGAGAGAGACGUUGGCGGUGACGGGUUCAACGUUGUUAUUAUUGUUGAUAUAUAGAAAUAUUGUUGCUAUAAUAAUAUUUGUAUGUCUUUGUAUGAAAUUGUAUGUUACAGUGUUUGUAAAUAUAUAGCCUUGGAGCAAUAUUGCUAUUUAAUAAAAAAAAAAUUGUUACUUCCUAUUA